UUUAUUUUGUGUUAUGAAUUUUUUCCUUUCGAAUUUUGAUGUUUUUUCUUCAAAAUUGAAUAAUUUAAUAAUCGAAAUAAGUUCAAUUUAAUGAUCUCUUUGAGCUUUUGUCCUAAUAGAAUCGUUCGUCGUUAGAGUUGAGUAUGUCCGGUGUAUAGUUCGCGUGGCAAAUCUCUCAUGCAGCUCUGACUAUGAAUCAAAGCAUCAUAACCAAUCUUUGUCGCUUAUGCGCCACUCAAGAGAUAAAUACGGAUUUAGCUGAGAAAGAUGCAGCUAGUAAGAAGAGUAUUGUAGCUUUAAUCACAAAGUACCUGAAAAUCAAGAUCAAUGAUAAGAAACCUCUAUCGCAGAAGUUCUGCAUCGAUUGCAUUCAGAGACUGGAAACGUUCGAUGUAUUUACAAAGAAAUGCCAUUCCGUUCAAGAUCUACUCGUAACUUUAUUCGAAGGAGCUGCUUUGACCGAAGAUCACAAGCAAUUGUUACCCGCUGAUUUUCUCGAUAAAGUGGAAUAUGCUCCGGUGCCAGCCGAACCAGUUGUCGAAAUAUCUACUGCUGCUAAUGACGCUGAUACGAAUAACUUCGACGACGAUUUCGAAUACCCGGACGAUCCAGAUUACCAAGACGAUCCGUACGAUGACGACAAUGAUUACGAUGACGAUACGCCUUUGGCUUUACGUGCCAAAAGGAAAGCUAAAUCAUCUUCGGAACCGAAGCGAAAACGAGGAAGACCUAGAAAAGAUUCACUGAAAGUACCUCCCCUUCGAAUCAAAGCGGUUAAACAGAAGAAAUCGGUAGCUUUUACCGAUGCUCCUUCUACCAGUGAAAGUAUCAAUAACACACAGUAUGAAAUACGUGAAGAUGGUACCGAAGAACCGUCGGAUAAACCUGCUCAAGAAACGAAACCAGAAAAGCCUUCGGUCAACGAUGAUGACGACGAUUUCGAUUAUAACGAUAAUUCCGAUGACUCGUUUGCCGGUGAUGAUUCCAAAGAUCCGGAUAAAGCUUCGAAGAAAAACCCAUUCGCGUUAUUCGAGUUUAAAUGUCACAUGUGCCAAGAAGUUUUCAAGAAUUUCAGUAUUCUGAAAAGACAUUGUAAAAAAGAACACAAUGCAUCGGCUUUCGUAAAUUGUGUUUGUGGUAAACAACUUCGAGCCAGAACAGCCAUCAUCGAACACCGCAGAAAACAUACAGGAACUUCCUUAUACAAAUGCGAUACUUGCAAUAAGACGUUUAAUCGUCGAUCGUUGAUGUGUCUGCAUAUGAUAAGCCAUAUGCCCAAAGACGAACAACCGUAUGUAUGCUGUAAAUGUGCCAAACGAUUCCAUACGUCUUCGUUGCUAAAGAAACAUGAAAAAGUUCACUUACCAGAAGAAGAACGAUUCUUAGACGUUUGUAAUAUUUGUCAAAAGAAGUUUACCAGUAAAUCAGCGGUGAACGCCCAUCUAAGAGCGGUGCAUUACGGUGAGAAACCCUUCGUUUGCGAACAUUGCGGUAAUAGUUUCAGUUCGAAAGCAAUAUUGACCGAUCAUCUGACUACUCAUUCGUCGUAUGCUCCUUGGCCAUGUAAUGUUUGUGGUAGAAAUUUCAAAUCCAAGUACAGAUUGAAUGUACAUAUGGAUAUGCAUAGAAGUGUCAAGUACCGGUGUCCGCAUUGUCCUAUGGAGCUAUCUACCAGACGUACGCUUCGUAUGCAUUUACUCGUGCAUAAAGAAGAGAAAGCUUACGUUUGUAAAGUAUGUUCAAAAGCGUUCAGAAGAUCCAAAGAUUUGAAGAACCACAGCAACCUUCAUACCGGUCGUCGCCCAUACAGAUGCGAAUUCUGCGAACGAACCUUCGCCAACGGCAGUAACUGCCGAGCUCAUAAAUUACGUAUGCAUCCGGAAGAACUAGGAGUCGAAAAGAACAGCCGCAGUUCGACCAAACAAUCCAAACAAGCGAGCAAUUUGAACAUGGUCGCUGCAGCUACCGAAGCAGCCAACAAACUCAAACAUCUGACUACGUUGACCGACGUAGUCAAAAGUACACCACUCGAGUACAUGAAGUACGAAGCAAAGUACGAAUUCCCUGCCGGUAGUCAGGAUCUGGAUUACACGUUGGAUUACGCUCGUUACCCAACUCCUUUGAAUUUGAACAUGAAAAAACCAACGUUUAUGCAACAACCUAAUAUUAAUCAUUUGGCUGCUUUCACCAGCGAAAUGCAUUCGGAUGUAUCUAAAGUACAUCACUUUUUAUCGUAUACUUGAUAGAGAAAUUCGUGAUUUUUUUAAAUGGGUUUAUUUUAAUAUUAAUUUCUAAUUUUUUUUCAUUUUUUUUUUUUUUUUUGUUUGAACAUUGAACAAGGUGCUAAUAUGACUCUUGUCUGAGAAAGUGGAUUUUUUUUCUCGUAGUCUUAGCUAAGGGUUUUGGGCUAAAGAGAUAUCCGCCGAGAUUUUAUCAUCGGAUCAAGGCAUACCCUUUUUUUUUGUAGUAUAUUUUUUGAAUUAGUUACCUUCAUAAGCUAUGUUAUUGGAUAAGGUAUAUCAACAUUAAUAAUGUUGAUAAUUUUUCAACGCUUUAUAGAAAUAUUCAAAUUUUAAAAAAAAUGAAAUUGCAUGUAACUUAUGUUGGCCAGAAGUGGUCAACAUGACAAAGUAUUAUUAUAAAGCAAUUUUUCGAGUUGAACUGGCUCAUUUUGAGCUACCUCAUUCGAAUCUGUCGAUUAGAAUGGUAGACUAGAGAAAUGCUUUUGCGAUGAUAAAUUGGCAUUAAAUACGUAGUAUUUUACGUUUUUAAGAACUUCAGUGUUCUUAUUUUCUUCUAUUUACCUAUUAUAGUAUUUAUGUUUUGUAUAUUUUUACGACGUUUUGUAUUAUUUUUCAAAAUAAUAAUAUACUUAAUUUUUUUUAUCA